AUGUCUGGGCUGCAGCUGCUCUCAGGCCUUGGUUCUCCUCUGGACUUCUUCCAAACGCCACCCACCACGCCCACAGAGGCCGUGCUCAGUGCAAUAAUGGCCUCCUGUAGAGCUCCCUGUGACCCCAGCAGCUCCCCAGAGACCACCUCCCCCCAGACCCCUCCUUGGCCCCACAGGCCCUCCACCACCACAGCUUCAGAGUGGGCUGUGAUCAGCGUGGACAGCCGGGACGAGGCCUCGGAGCAGAGCUGGGAGCGGGACAGUGGCGUAGAACCCCAGGCAGCAGGGGAGGGGGCCAGUGAAGAGAUGAGCCUGGUCCUGCUCGGCCUGAUGGAGCACUACCAGAGCUCCAUGGGACUGGUCCACAACACGGACCUCACGGCGGGAGGAGUGGAUUUGCUCAGACACCUGGUGUCGGAGCGGGACGAGUUGAGCAGAGAAGUGAAGAGGCUGAGGGAAGCCCUGCAGAUUGCAAAAGUAGCUACAUGUGUGCUGCCUUUCUCUUGUUUCCCGCUGCAGACCGAGCGGGAGGACUGGCGGCAGUUCCAGCGUGACCUGCAGGUGGCAGUGUCCGUGGCUGACCGCCUCAGAUCGGAGUCAGAGCAGACCAUGAACCUGCUGCAGAAGAAGUGUGAGGCCCUGGAGCAGCAGCUGGUCCAGGCCCUGAGCCGAGAGCAGGCCAGAGUCUCGGACCUGCAGAGUCUGAGGGCUGACCACAAGGCAACGUGUCGCAAACUCAUUGACCUCACACUGCAGAAGCAACAAGCGGCAAGACUCAUGGGACUGGGCCCUGAGGCGGGACUGGGCCCUGAGGCGGGACUGGGCCCUGAGGCGGGACUGGGCCCUGAGGCGGGACUGGGCCCUGAGGCGGGACUGGGCCCUGAGGCGGGACUGGGCCCUGAGGCGGGACUGGGCCCUGAGGCGGGACUGGGCCCUGAGGCGGGACUGGGCCCUGAGGCGGGACUGGGCCCUGAGGCGGGACUGGGCCCUGAGGCGGGACUGGGCCCUGAGGCGGGACUGGGCCCUGAGGCGGGACUGGGCCCUGAGGCGGGACUGGGCCCUGAGGCGGGACUGGGCCCUGAGGCGGGACUGGGCCCUGAGGCGGGACUGGGCCCUGAGGCGGCCAUGGUCAAGGAGAAGCCACUGUCUGACCAGGAUAGACAGCUGCUUCAAAUCUCUGACUUCUCGAAUGAGACUUGGAGCCAAAGUCUGACCGGCAGGGGCGUGGCCGAGGGCUAUCUCCGCAGACUGGCCGCUCUGGAGAAGAAAAAGGAGAGGGUGAACGAGCUGAGGGACAGAGAAAAAGUGAUGCUGAGUGAGCGAUCCUGGAGUCUCUCUCGGCUGCCGCUCCGCUCUAAGAGUCCCACACAAGAGGAAGGUGUGAGCACAACGCUGCCCCUGUGCAAGAAGGAAGUCAAAGAAGGAAGAAUGGAUAAAGUGUUUCAGCGGCAGGACAGCUGGUCCUGCUUUUACUCUGUUUCGGUGAAACAAGAGGAGCCUGACUGCAUGAUAACACAAGAUGGAUUCAGUGCACUGCUGCGGCGCCACGGUGGCUCCAGACGGAACUCACUGCUGCGGUGGAGUCAGGAGCGAACGCGUGGCUAUCAGAAUAUUGACAUCACCAACUUCAGCAGCAGUUGGGAGGACGGCCUGGCCUUCUGUGCUUUGUUCCACACAUAUGUACCUGCUGCCAUCCCAUUCAGCACACUCAAACCGGAGAACAGGGAGGGAAAUCUUCUUCUUGCCUUUAAGACUGGAGAGACCUUCGGGAUCACUGCCACCAUGACAGUGGGAGAUGUGCUCAGGGAGGAAGGGCCCCACUGGCAGACUGUGCUGGGUUAUGUGGAGAGCAUCUUUCGUCACUUUGAGAUGUAA